AUGGCGACGCUAACUCGAACCUCGUUGCCGGACAGAUUCCAGUCACAUGUCGCAUUCGACAAUCUGCCGCUGGGCGAAGCGACCAAGAGCAACACGCUUUCGCUGACACUGGACGUCAGACACAAGGGCUACCAAGCACAACGACGAUCUCGCACCUUCAUGGUAGGCGUCGACGAACAUGCCUAUUCCGAUUAUGCGCUGCAAUGGCUUCUAGACGAGCUUGUCGACGACGGAGACGAAGUUGUGUGUGUGCGCGUGAUCGAGAAGGAGCUCCGCGCUGCCGAGACCAACAAGGCGUACCAGGACGAGGCGCAGAAGAUCAUGGACAGCAUUGUUAAGCGCAAUGGCCUGAACCGUGCAAUCAAAAUUGUGCUGGAAUACGCCAGCGGCAAGCUGCACGCGACGUUUCAGCAACUGAUCCAAAUGCAUCAACCCGCCAUGCUCAUCGUAGGUACGAGAGGGAGGUCGCUGGGCGGCAUACAGGGACUGGUGAACACGCGUAACUCUUUCUCGAAAUACUGCUUGCAGUAUUCGCCCGUCCCCGUCGUUGUCGUUCGACCAACAGAAAAGCGGGAAAAGAAGAAGUCUAAGAGGAAGAACGACUCCGAACGCCAAACUUACGUCCGGAUGCUUUCGGCGACAGGCGGAAAGCACGAGGCCGACAGUGAGAGGAGCAGCAUGUACAACGUGGAGGUGCACAACACGGCGGACGAGGAGGCCCACCAGGUCGCCAAAGCGCUGGGACUCCCGGCAGCCUUCGAUCCGACCAUCAAGCCGGUCGACUUGAACGCUCUGUUGCAUCCCCGACAGCAGUCCACGGCGUCCAACCUCUCACAAUCGAGCACAGCGGGCCCCGGCAGAUCGUCUGCGCCGCCUAGCGCCGCUGGUGACAGCGAUGAUGACGACGAGGACGACGAAGACGAGGAUUUCGAGGUCUUCUCGGGCGGACAAGCCAUCAACUCGGACAAGCUGCACAAGAUGGAGGCCAAUGAGGCGGCAGCCUUCCGACAGAAUCGGAAGACCAGCCUCGACUCCAGCGCCAGCGGCGCGGACGAUGAUGACGAGGACGAGGACCAAGACGGCGAGUCAAAGGUGUCCCGAAAUAGCAGCAACAGCUGA